AUGUUUGAGGGAGAACACUACGCGUCGUCUGUUUACCGACGUCACCCCACCCUUCCUCCUGUAUAUGUGUGUGUGUUGUUUUGAGGAAGUAGCCGCUUGCUAGCUACUAGCAUCCAGAGGGUUCACCGUCAAACAUGCUGUGAUUACGCGCCUGGCCGGACAAGAGGAUGGCAGUGUGUGCACUGACCAUGCUGGAGGGGAUGGGCGGUGAGGCCACCGCGGCGGGCGGUGCCCUGCUGGUGGCCCUGGCACUGAUCCUGGCCUGGGUCUCCACGCAUGUGGUCGAGCGCGGCGACCACAUCCUGGGCACCAUCCUGACGGCGGGCACGCACGCCUCCCUCAUCGGUGCGGGGGGGGACGCAGGCGGCGAAGCCCAGGCCGACGCACCCGAGCAGACUGCCUCUAUCCAGCCCUCACCGGAGAACAAGCCGGAUGACAGUGAGGUGGAUGAGGGGCUACCGUCCGAGGACGCGGAACUGCUACUGGACAUUCAGAGCAAAGCGCUCCCCGGGAGAAGGAUUCAAGCUUCGGAUGAGGAGGAAGACGACGAUUACGGCGAAGACGAGGAGACGGAGGGGGUACAUAAAAAGGACGUGUCUGCCACGCCGCCCUUUUGCGUGCGACUCAAGUUUUUAAACGACACUGAGGAAGUGGCUGUCGUCAAGCCUCACCACACCGUGGACCAGCUCAAAAGUAAGUACUUCUCUGGGCGUGAGCAUCAGAUCAAGCUGAUCUACCAAGGCCAACUCCUCCAGGACUCCAAGAGGACUCUGCUGUCCCUGAACGUGACUCACAACAGCGUCAUCCACUGCCACGUCUCGCAGGCCUCGCACGACGGCAGCCCCGAAGCUGAGGCAGCGGGUUCUGCUGAGACUACUGUCACUGGGGGCUUGCGGGCGGCAGGCGUGGCCAUCAGCACGGGCAGCCUAGUGGUGCCCGUGUUCGUGGUGAUCCUGGCCGUGGUGUGGUACUUCCGCAUCAACUACCGCCAGUUCUUCACUGCGCCCGCCACUAUCUCCCUGGUGGGCGUCACCGUCUUCUUCAGCUUCCUCAUCUUCGGCAUGCACAGCCGCUGAAGAAACUCAGCAGCACGUAACACGAGAGCAACCUCUGCCAAGGCCCCCGAAACUCUUAUAUUUGGAUCAUCUAUAUGCUGAAAAUCAAAGAGGAAAAAAACAAACAAAAAAAACAAGCAGAAGUUCACCAUUGUUUGGCGCCUUUUCCCCUCCACCGUUGUCCUUCCCCGUCAUAAAACAUCUUCGGGACCCAGUCAGGCAGUUUUUGGCUAAUCCUGCCUAAGACGCUAACAAACUGUUAUGAAGACAAAUUUCCUUGGUGGAGGUUUUAUGGAAAAAAACGGACUAAAGUUUGUGAUUAAUUGAGCUUUUAUUUCUGCUUUCCGUUGUUUGAGGCUGCUUUUCCCUGUCAAUGCUUCAAGAUGACGUUUUUUUCUGUGGCGUGUAGAAAUUAAUUUAAAGGCUGAGAUACUGUAACAUGAAAGUAUAUCAGGCCUGGUGUAUUUCGUGUACAAUGUGUAUACAGUGUAAAUAAAAUGAAUGAAUGAAACAGA